CUUCCCUACCUAGAUCACUAGCAAGCACAAGCGAAGCAACCCGGAGAGACAACUAUACCCCCUUCACUGUGGCAUUUGCUCGGUAUCAGGCGGAUCGGAACGAAGGAUGGUUGGUGUGAGGGGUCGCGGGGGUCUCUAGACUACGACACGUGUUACCGGUUCCUUUGUCUUAAAUAGCACAACCUCAGCCCGGCCUGCUUCAUCGGGAGUUAGAUCUGGAGUUGAGCUCUCAUCUUACCUCCCCAGCUUUGUGAACUCUGACGAUUGCGUGAUCGCAUUUCUCUUCUGCAGCAAUACGGCGUCGACUUCCGUGACACGUCGUCUUACCACCCUUUACUUCCCUUACAUUACUUGUGAGGUAACUUCACAUUCAGCUUCGAGCUCAACCGCGACCACCAACUCUCACACGAUCCAGUCCGUAACACAGAGUCAAGCAGCAAAGAUGGGUUCCCAAGCAUCCAAACCCGCCGUCGACGCCUCCAGCGAAAAGGCCCUCCUCGAGCGCCUCCGCCGCUUCCAAGUCACCGACGACGACUUCGUCAACGUCGCCUCCAGCAGCAGUGAUGACGAGAAGCGCGACAUCAGACUUGUCCGCGAGCCAGAGGGUCUCCCCGUCCAGCAGACGCAGUCCUGGCAGUCGAGGUUCCUCGCUGAUCCCAAGAACAAACUCGCCCUCACGGCCCUGAGCACAGCAGACCCCCGCACAGUCCUAACCUCAACGGCAACCAAGCUCGCCGACCCCCAAAUCUUCAACACCCGCAUCCCCUUCGAGGGCGGUCCCAUCACAAACCAGCGCUCCUCGGGCCGCUGCUGGCUCUUCGCCUCCACAAACGUCUUCCGCGUCGCCCUCAUGCGCCGCUACGCCCUCGACUCGUUCGAGCUCUCCCAGUCCUACCUCUUCUUCUGGGACAAGCUCGAGAAGAGCAACUACUUCCUCGAGCAAAUCAUCGACACCGCAGCCGCGGGGGAAGACCUCGACGGACGCCUCGUCCAGGCUCUGCUGGGUGACAUCGUGAGCGACGGCGGGCAGUGGGACAUGGUCUACAACCUGGUCCAAAAGUACGGCCUCGUCCCGCAGGCGCUGUACCCAGACUCGUGGAACGCCAUGAACUCGGGCGUACUCAACUCCAUCGUCAAGACGAAGCUCCGCGAGUACGCCCUCAUCCUCCGCAAGCUCGUCCAAUCUUCCCCGUCAACCACGGCAGAGACCCUCACAGCGACAAAAGAGAAGAUGAUGCGCGAGAUCCUCUCCAUCCUCACCCUCGCCCUCGGCCCGCCCCCCAACCCCCGCGACGAAUUCACCUGGACCUACCUCGACAAAUCCGCCAAACCGCACACCCUCAAAACCACACCCCAGGCCUUCGCCCGCGACAUCUACUCUUCCGACCUACGCAUCACCUCCUCCGUAAUCGACUCCAUGGUCUCCCUCGUCCACGACCCGCGUCACAAACCCCUCACCCUCCUAACUGUAGACCGCCUCGGCAACAUCGUAGGCGGCCGCGGCGUAACCUACGUAAACGUCUCCAUGCCCACCCUCAAAUCCGCCUGCGUAGCCAUGAUCAAAGCAGGCCUCCCCGUGUUCUUCGGCUCCGACGUCGGGAAAUUCAGCAACUCCGCCGCCGGGGUGAUGGACCUCGACCUCAUCGACUACGAGCUCGGCUUCAACGUCUCCCUGCUGGGCAUGGAUAAGGCCAGCCGCCUCCGGACGGGCGAGAGCGCCAUGACGCACGCCAUGGUCCUGACUGCCGUGCACGUCGACGAGGAGACGGGCGAGAGCGUGCGGUGGAGGGUGCAGAAUAGCUGGGGCGAGAGCGCGGGCGAUAAGGGCUGGUUCGUCAUGAGCGACGCGUGGAUGGAUGAGUUUGUCUACCAGGCUGUUGUUGAUCCGCGGUUUCUGAGCAAGGAGGUCCGCGGGGUUAUUGGGACGGAGCCGACUGUGCUGCCGCUGUGGGAUCCCAUGGGCAGUUUGGCGUAGAGGUCUGGUUAGAUCCCGCGUGUGCCGUGUUAGAUAGAGCCAGGGGGGUUGGGGUUAUGAGAUUGGUGGAUGGCAUAUUCAUCCACUCCCCAUUGUCUUCUGGGUGUGACAAAGAUGAUGGUUUAGAUUCUUUUACGUACUCAGCAGGACAGCGUGUCUAUUUACUCGUUUCGAAACAUCAACUCACCUAGACCGAGUCUCAAAAGAUGUGCACGCCAUUGAUUACCAUCCGCG